AAAAAAUAAUUCCGUUUUGUGAAAGGCCCUCCCUGGGCCCCUUCUAUUUCGAUUUCCUGGAUCCGCCACUGUAUACCGUAUGCCCUGCUCUUAAAUUUAUGACCUUAUAGACAAUGGGCCAAAGCUGUUAGGUUUUUUUUUUCAGAUUCAUUGGAAUUUGGUGGAGGCGUAGCUUAACCUGCGGGGAAUAUACGUGUUGAGUUUCAACAUCACAGUGGUCUCGCUUAAAGUGCUUUGGAAGUGACGAGUCAACUUCGCAACCAAUAUCUGCUUCUCCACCAAAACACAUAUCGUCAGAUAACGCUUACAUAGUAGGUCUAGGCCUAAUUAGGCAGCAUUAAUAUGGAGUUUAACAAAUUGAUUAAUAUGUUGUUAUGUUUUGUCAUUUAUACCAGUCAAUCAUGGACUGUCAGUAGUAUAUCAUUGGUGUCUGGACCAAAGGAUGCUCGUGUCGUACUGGGUGCAGAAGUUAUUUUCACGUGUAACGUUACUAAGAUUUCCACAUAUUAUAUAGUGUGGGAUAGAUUCGUCAAUGAUGAGUGGAUAAUUAUUAGCGAAGGUGAAGACAUACAGCUGGAAAACGCUCAGAGCACAUAUACUAUUGUUCCCGGCACAAAUGAUUUGGAAAUUUCAAACGUUCAGUUAACCGAUACGGGUAGAUAUGAGUGCAAUUAUGCACGUAGUAGUGAAAAAUAUUAUUAUAAUUUCCAACCAAUACGCGCGACAGCCACCUUAACAAUACUCCAACCACCAUCUGCACGUUCGCCUCUAUGUUCGCUGACUAGAGACAGGAUUAAUGUUACGUCAGAGACACAGUUUUAUGUUGGUGAGUCAAUCGGAUUUAAGUGCUCUUCAGAAGGACAUGGAAAUACAUCACCGAGUCUUAACAUCACGGAAUCCGGUGUGGAUGUUACUGAGUACGUAUAUGAGGACGUUGAUAGCAAACAUGUGGAAUCUAUCGAGUUGAAGAUUGACGAAAAUACUGACUUUAUAUGCUAUCUUCGAAGUGAAGCCCUGUCCCAGCCCAGAGUUUGUAGAAUCAAACCAAUAGCGUUAUUACCUCAAGUUGAAAUUGAGCCAAAAAUAGCAUCAGUGCUAGAAUACACUGAUGUUUCUUUCCAGUGCUCUGGAAGCGGCUUCAAGACGCAUCCUCUCCACUUUGAUUGGCAGAUCUCACCAUAUUUUCCUGGAGAUGUUGUUAAUUCCACAACUUCGAUUUUGAAGAUCACAAACCUUUGGCAAAAUAAGACUAUGUUUGAUAGUUCAUUCAUCAUAACCUGUUUUGUCAGAGAGGGUCAAAUGGUUUGGAAUUCAUCUAGUAAAUUGUUAAUAUCAAUGCAAAAAAAAAAUAAUAACAUCAAUAACAACCGACCUGAAACAUUGGUAAUUGGUAUAAUUAUAGCAAUUGUUUUAACUACAGUAAUUUUGGCUGGGCUCUUUCGUUGGCGUAACCGAAAACUACCCAAUAAUACAUGCGAAAGACACUUAGAUUCUGGAAUACUAAAUAAUGAACAACCAUACUCUGUAGUACAAAACCAAAAAACAAAUGUUCAUGAUCAGUAUUCGGAAAACACAGGCCUACCCAAUGCAUCCAAAUUUGAAAUGAACGCACCUCAGUGUUUAAAUGUACCGGUCGGCCAUAACGAAUCUGCUGUUUACUAUUCAACAAUACCGGCUGAAAAUAACCAAGAAUCUGACAAUAAUUAUGAUAACAUUGGUCAUAAUAAAGAAGGUUUAAAAAAUGAACCGCUUUACGAGAACGAAGGUUUCACGUCAGAUAUCACAGAACUAAACGCUGAGAGGCUCAACUACGCUGACUUGGAUCUUGAAAUGGUGGCAUCACGUGAUAUAAUUGACAAUGAACCUAAAACUACAUACUCUACUGUCACAAUGGAAACGCGAUAGCUUUUUUGAUUAUUACAUGUAUAUAGUGGCGCAACGAAGAGUCCCGAUGUAAAGCUUCUUCGGGACCUUACUAUCGUGAGGGCUGGGGAAGCGUAUGUACGGGGCAAAACCUUCCAUCUGCUCCUGCGUCUUUGGACGUUUCAGUGGCACAUUUUGAUGUCAUGUUUUUUUGGGGGGUUUUUUUCACGUUCUGUUCCUUAAGACGGCCUGCUCGGCUGAUUUGGAGCCCAUGGUCCUGGCAAAAAGAUUUGCUGAAUAAUAUUCUGGGGGCCUUUUGAUGUCUGGAGGCCCCAGCUUUAGUCAAUGAAAGCUCAUAAUUGUUACGCCACUGGUAUACAUUAUAAAUUAUAGCAGCAAUAGGCCUAUCAUUCAAUAAGAAGGCCACCGCUCCUAAUUUUCCGUGUAUAUAGAGAGAAUCAAAUUAGUUGACAGACAAGCUAAAAAUUUGUGUAGUUAUAUAAACCAGUGAAAACUAAAUUGUCUCGAUUGUAAACUGAGUUAAUAGCCAAGACAACAAGCCAGGCGAGCAUGCACGUAGACAACAAUAUAAAUAUGUAUAUUCAUAUGGUGAUAUUAACUUGUGUAAAUGCUCUAUUGUCUGUCAGAAGCCUAUGAAAUUAGGCCUACUUGGCGAAAGCGGAACUGAAUAUCCGGUUUUGUUUUUGAGUCAAGGAUGAUGCCUAUUGACCUUUGUGUUUCAACUGCAGAUACCAAAUCGCACAAAAUAUAUUAUUCUUAUUAUGAUCAUGAUGAUUCGGGAUGGCUAUGCCCGAAACAUGUCGUAUCAAAUAAAUUUCUACUGAGGCAGAUCACAACCGUGUGUUUUUUAUUAUAUACAUAUACAUAUAUAUAUA